AUGUUUAUUUUGGAGCAUCCAAUUGAUUUGAUUUUUUGGAUCCACGUUACCAUCUUGACUCUGGGCUGGGUUUGUUGUAUAUUGGAUGUUAGCAACCCACCCCGCAAUGCUGCCAGAUUAAAGAGUGUCCGGGUGCAAAAAAGAAGCAUUUCCGGUCAAGAGACUGCCUCAUUUAUGUCGCUCAUUUCGUUUUCCUGGGUUGUGCCACUGUUGAAUUUAGGACGAUCUAAACCACUCGAGUCGGAGGAUAUUCCUCAUCUUGCAAAGUACGAUCAAAUGGACCAAGUGGUUGAACGCUGGAAAAAACUUGACAAAAGCAAUAAUGUUUUUUGGGACCUUCUCCGUAUGACUCACAAAUAUGCUGCUUUCCAGAUCUUUGUUUCAUUUAUUACAGCAACAUUAUCUUUUUCCAACCCGUUUUUCAUCAAUCGACUUUUGAACUGGAUCCAAAAUCGGCAGCCUGAAGAGGGCUGGGUGUGGGGUGUAGUUUUGCUUGUAGGCAUGUUUACGUUUUCAAUUCUUAACGAUAUUCUAAACUCACAGAUCAAUCUUAGUGGUCGUCACUGGGGCAUUCAGCUCCGCUCUGUUCUUAUGCAUGAGAUUUUUUCAAAAAGUACUCGUCGUGCUGGAAGAAGUGGUGCCAUUAAAUCCGAAGAGGGCGAGGACGAUGAUAAUAGCGCAUCACAAGGGAAAAUCGUCAGCUUAAUGUCAACGGAUACACGUCAGAUUCGCAAUUUUAUUACCGAUAUUCAUUCACUGCUAAUUGACACUCCUUGGUCGAUUAUCAUGUCCAUUUCUGGCUUACUGUUUUUGAUGGGUCCACCGGCAUUGGCUGGUCUGUUUGUACUUGUAAUAAGUGGGCCAAUUUCUGGAUGGACUCUUGCAUUAAGAUACAAGAUUUUGAAACAGACACGAACACUUCAAGAUCGUCGUAUACAAGCAACAAACGAAGCUCUUCUUGGUAUUCGUAUAAUCAAGUACAUGGCUUGGGAAAUUCAGUUUUUGAAAAAAAUUAUAGAGGCCAGGGAUAAAGAGCUGACUUCCCGUUUUAAGCUUUUGCUGAAUAACUUGAUAAUGGUUGUUAUUUCGUGGGGAUCUAGUAUUCUGGUGACAUUUGUCAGUUUCUUUUUUUACACUGUUGUUGCCGGAAAAACAUUGGAUGCUGCCACUGCCUUUACCAGCAUUAGUUUGCUUACGACUGUAUCUUUUACUCUCAGCAGUCUUAGUGAGGAUGUAUCUCGUAUUCUUAACGUGCAGGUGAUAAUGGCUCGUAUUCAAUCGUUUUUGAAUGAGGAGGAGCUGGAGCGAUAUCAGAUAGCUGACAGUACUGCAAACAUGCCAAUUUCGGCAUGUGAUAGAAGCGAAAAUAUUGGGUUUAGCAACGCCGAUGCUUUGACCAACGUCGAAGAAUCCCACACCUUUUAUCUGCGAAACUUGUCCAUCCAGUUCCAAAUAGGCAAACUCACUACAAUUAUUGGUCCAACCGGUUCAGGAAAAACGAGUCUUCUUUGUGCUCUCUUGGGUGAAAUGAAACGGUACAAUGGCGACCUGUUUAUUCCUCACCAAACUCCUGCUGCUAUUGCUCAAGGCAUCUCGCAAAGCAACAUUGCAUAUGUUGCACAAACUGCUUGGCUUCUUAAUGCAACUAUCCGUGACAACAUUUUGUUUGGAGAGCCGUAUGAUGAGGAACGAUACAAUCAAGUCAUUACUGCCUGUUCCCUUCGGCGCGAUCUUGCGACAUUUCAAGGCGGCGAUUUAACCGAGAUUGGAGAAAAAGGAGUUAAUUUGUCAGGUGGUCAAAAGCAGCGCGUGUCUCUUGCUCGUGCUGCCUACUCUCGUGCUCAGAUCGUAUUGCUAGACGAUCCACUCAGUGCUGUUGAUGCUCCUACCGCGCGCCAACUUUUUUACCAAUGUAUUUUGACUUUACUCAAAGGCCGUACUGUUUUACUUGUCACGCACGCUAUUGGACUGACUGUGCUUCAAUCCGAUCAUGUCAUUGUGAUGAAAAAUGGUGAAGUGUUUGGGCAAGGAACUCCUCAGCAAAUGAUUGCCAAUCCAGAAAUAGACGCCAUUAUCGUCAGCGAGAUGAAUAGCACUAUGUCAGCGUACAAAUCCGAUGAUGACGAGUGUGUUGAAGCUGAAGAGGAUAACCAAUCAAUCAAGCCUGGUCGUAAAAAUGGUAAACGUUUGACUGAUCAAGAAGGCAAGGCUACUGGAUCUGUCAAGUUUGCUACUUAUUUGGCAUAUAUUACGGCAUGCGGCGGGUUUCUAUUUUUGUUUUUUGUCCUUCUUGGAUUUCUCUUGCAGACAUCGGCAGAUUUCUUGUCAAACUGGUGGAUUCAAAGGUGGACUGAUAACAUUCGCGCUCCUGUGUCCAAUAUAACAUUGAUGUCAGCCUCUAGUCGUGGUGUGCGCGCUUUUGAUGGUGCAUGGGCAUUUGAAGGUGACAGCUCUGUUCAGAUCAAUAGUGUAUCCGAUAGCAGUCAUGCAACAAACGAUGCACUGUUCUACAUUUCGAUAUAUGGUUUGAUUAGUAUAGCGGAACUGUUUUCAUUGAUUUUCAAGUACGUUGUGCAGUUUAUGGGAGGUAUACGAGCCUCUCGUGUCAUGCAUUCUCGACUUAUUGAGUCUGUGCUGGGAUCACCUAUGCGAUUUUUUGAAACGACCCCAGUUGGAAGAAUCAUCAACCGAUUUAGCAACGAUUUGUCGGAUGUCGAUAUGGGUGUCAUGUACUCGGUGCUUCAAUUCUUUACGCUUACUUUUGGGUCUAUUGUCCGUGUCGGACUAGUUACCUUUGUUACACCUCCAUUUUUGUUUUCUAUAGUGUUUUUGUAUUUCUAUUACUAUCUUGCACAGUACUAUCUCUUGACGUCUCGUGAACUCAAGCGUAUUGAAAGUGUCUCUUCAUCCCCUAUUUUUGCGCAGUUUAGCGAAACCCUCAACGGUGUAUCCACCAUCCGCGCUUAUGGAGCGGGUGAUCGUAUCACGCAGCAGAUCCAGCGCAAGGUUGAUGCCAACCAUCGUGCCUUUUUUUAUCUUUUUGCUACCAACCGUUGGCUUGCUCUCCGUACAUCGGUUCUCUCUGAAAUCAUUGUUUUUGGAGCUGGUCUAUCAAUCAUCAUCUCAGGUGUAUCUGCUGGUUGGGCUGGCGUGGCAUUCAUUUUUGCCAACCAGUUUACUGGAAACAUGACCCGUAUGAUCCAAGUUCACUCCUCGAUGGAAAUGUCCAUGAAUGCUGUUGAGCGAGUUGAAGAAUAUUCCAAAUUGCCUCAAGAACCACCUGCAAUCGUUGACACCUAUCGCCCACCUGCCAACUGGCCUACUCAGGGCAAGAUUGAGGUGCAAGAUUUGACAAUCAAAUAUGCGUCAGAUCUUCCCGACGCUCUCAAAAGCAUUUCAUUCUCUGUUCAACCUUGCGAGAAACUUGGUAUUGUUGGUCGCACAGGUGCUGGAAAAUCCACACUCUCUAUUGCCUUUUUCCGCAUAUUACCAUUUGUAAAGGGCACUAUUGUUAUUGAUGGGAUUGACAUUUCAAGGCUCGGUCUACGUGAUCUUCGAUCAUGUUUGACCAUUAUUCCUCAAGACCCUGUACUGUUUGAGGGCACUUUGAGAUCCAAUCUUGAUCCCUUGAAUGAGCAUGAUGAUGAGACGAUUUGGAAAGCUUUACAACAUACAAAUCUUUUGGAGUCAGGGUCCUCGUCCCCCGUUACUGCUAUUUCAAUGACGGACUCGUUUGGAGUAGACAGGACGGCCAAUUCAUCCCUUAGUCUCAAUGCCCAUGUCAACGAAAACGGCAACAACUUUUCUCAAGGUCAAAAGCAACUCAUGUGUCUUGCUCGUGCACUGCUUCGAUCACGCCGACUUAUUUUUCUCGAUGAAGCUACUGCAAGUGUAGAUGCAGACACUGAUAGCAAAAUCCAAGAUACCAUUCGAUCGCAAUUUAGCGAUGCUACAGUUUUGACUGUUGCUCAUCGCCUUCGAACUGUUAUUGACUAUGACCGUGUUCUUGUGAUGGAUCAGGGUGAAGUAGCUGAAAUUGGUACUCCUUUUGAGCUACUUGAGCGCAAAGGCAUGUUUGCAUCCAUGUGUCGUGAGAGUGGUGAUUAUGAUCAAUUGGUAGAAAUAGCUACUGCAUGCCAUAAAAAAAAGCAGCUGAUUGAUGUCUAA